AUGCUGGCAAUGAUUAAAAUUAAACUUUAUAAGUUUUUUGUCAGACACGAAAAGUAUGGACCCUUCUUCAUGCUUCAAAUGGCAAGAGGGUAUGGGACGAACGAAGACUUGCAAAAGCUCGAUAUGUUCGAGAAAAAAUAUGCAUCAUUAAUGAAAAAAUUAAAGCCCGUCAUUUCUCAUAUUCGAGCAGAUAUCAACAGGCGAAUGAUUUGGAAUGCAAAAUACGCUGAUAAAAUUAUCGAAUUUAUGUCGAAAUAUUUACAGCCCUGAGAAAUUUCUAUGUACAAUUAAAAUUUUUUUUUCUAUUUAUUGACAGAUUUCAACACCC